AUGGCGGCCAAUAAUAGUGACCCGAUCCAGGAUCAGCUGGGGGAAGGAGGGGCGGGCGUGAAGCACGAGGCGGAGGAGGAGGUGGGGGAGGAGACGUCUUCUUCCGCGGCGCAGGCGACCGCGACGACGAUGCUGCCCCGGUCGAGCUCGCGGCCGCAGCUGGACCUCAGCGGCGCGGCGAUCCACGGGACGCUGGAGGACCGCAACCCUACCAUCCUGUUGCCCAACCAAUCCGACGACAUCUCCCACCUCGCCCUUGACAUCGGCGGUUCUCUUAUAAAACUGGUAUACUUCUCGCGACAUGCUGAGCUCUCCACUGAAGAUAAGCGCAAGAUAUCCACAAAGAGAAGACUUGGGAUGUUUAAUGGUGGCAGGAGAAGCUACCUGAUUCUUGGAGGGAGGCUCCACUUUGUCAAGUUCGAGACUGGGAAGCUAAAUGAAUGUUUGGAUUUCAUUUCUUCCAAACAACUACAUCGUGGUGGAAUUGAUUCACCUUCGUGGCGCUCAGGAGCUCAGCCUGAUGACAUUGUAAUUAAGGCAACAGGUGGUGGCGCAUACAAGUAUGCAGAUGUCUUCAAGGAAAGAUUGGGAGUCAGCCUUGAAAAGGAAGAUGAAAUGGACUGUCUUGUGGCUGGAGCAAACUUUUUGCUUAAGGCUAUACGUCAUGAAGCUUUUACACACAUGGAUGGCCAGAAGCAAUAUGUUCAGAUUGAUCGGAAUGACCUGUUUCCCUUCCUUCUUGUUAAUGUUGGAUCUGGUGUUAGUAUAAUCAAGGUUGACGGGCAUGGGCAAUUUCAGCGAGUAAGUGGGACAAAUGUUGGUGGUGGUACUUACUGGGGAUUGGGGAGGCUAAUGACAAAGUGCAAGAGUUUUGAUGAGUUGCUAGAGUUGAGCCAGCGUGGAGACAACAGCACCAUGGACAUGCUUGUAGGAGACAUAUAUGGUGGUCUGGACUACUCCAAGAUUGGCCUUUCAGCAUCUACAAUCGCCUCUAGUUUUGGAAAGACAAUUUCAGAAAACAAAGAGCUAUCAGAUUAUAGACCUGAGGAUAUAUCGCUCUCUCUGUUACGGAUGAUUUCAUACAACAUUGGCCAGAUUUCCUAUCUAAAUGCACUUCGGUAUGGACUCAAGAGGAUAUUUUUUGGUGGAUUCUUCAUCCGUGGCCAUGCCUACACCAUGGAUACAAUUUCUUUUGCAGUGCAUUUCUGGUCAAAAGGAGAGGCACAAGCUAUGUUUCUGCGCCAUGAGGGCUUUCUAGGAGCUCUUGGUGCAUUUAUGAGUUAUGAGAAGCAUGGUCUCGAUGACUUAAGGGUACAUCAUUUGGUUGAACGCUUCCCAAUGGGUGCUCCAUAUGUUGGUGGAAAGAUUCACGGGCCACCUCUUGGAGAUCUCAAUGAGAAGAUAUCAUGGAUGGAGAAGUUUGUGCAGAAGGGUACUCAGAUUACUGCCCCUGUACCUAUGGGAGUUCCAGCUACAACAGGUAUGGGAGGCUUUGAAAGGCCGACUUCUAAGGGCGACAUUUUGCGGUCAGAUGCAAGUGCAGCACUAAAUGUCGGUGUUCUCCAUCUUGUACCCACAUUGGAUGUGUUUCCAUUGUUAGAGGAUCCAAAGACGUAUGAACCAAACACAAUUGAUCUUGACCAGGAUGAGUUCAAGUACUGGUUCAAGAUUUUGUCAGAUCAUUUGCCGGACCUCGUGGACAAGGCAGUUGCUAGUGAAGGUGGGACUGAUGAUGCCAAAAGGCGGGGAGAUGCAUUUGCGCAUGCCUUUUCUGCUCAUCUGGCAAGAUUGAUGGAGGAGCCAGCUGCUUAUGGAAAGUUUGGUUUGGCCAACCUGUUGGAGUUGAGGGAAGAAUGUCUGAGAGAAUUUCAGUUUGUUGAUGCAUAUAUUAGCAUCAAGCAAAGGGAAAAUAAAGCUUCACUGGCUGUUUUACCAGAUCUUCUGAUGGAACUUGAUAGUAUGAAUGAGGAAGCUAGGCUGCUUGCUCUAAUUGAAGGUGUCCUUGCUGCAAAUAUAUUUGAUUGGGGAUCUCGAGCUUGUGUAGACCUUUAUCACAAGGGAACUAUAAUAGAAAUCUAUCGCAUGAGUCGCAAGAAGAUGCAACGUCCUUGGCGGAUUGAUGACUUUGAUAUGUUCAAAAAGAUAAUGCUUACUGAUAGAAAGGACCAACCAUACAAAAGAGCACUGCUUUUUGUUGAUAACUCAGGUGCUGAUGUGGUCCUUGGAAUGCUUCCUUUAGCUCGGGAGCUUUUACGCCAUGGAACAGAGGUAGUUCUUGUUGCAAAUUCGUUGCCAGCUUUGAAUGAUGUUACUGCUAAUGAACUUCCAGAAAUUAUAGCUGAAGCCUCAAAGCACUGUGGUAUCCUUCGGAAAGCUGCGGAAGCUGGUGGGUUGAUAGUUGAUGCAAUGGCUGGCAUCCAAGAUGAUCUCAAGGAUGAGCCAGUGUCAGUGCCACUAAUGGUUGUUGAGAAUGGAUGUGGCAGUCCAUGUAUUGAUUUCCGGCAGGUUAGCUCAGAGCUUGCUGCUGCUGCAAAGGAUGCAGAUUUGUUAAUUUUAGAGGGCAUGGGGCGGUCACUGCAUACCAACCUGAAUGCCCGUUUUAAGUGUGAUGCUCUAAAGCUUGCUAUGGUCAAGAAUCAGCGAUUGGCAGAAAAGCUCUUCAAUGGAAAUAUAUACGACUGCAUCUGUAAAUUUGAACCAGUUUCUUAA